CGCCUCUUGUCUCGGGUGGAGACGCCGCGCGCUCCCGCCUGGGGCUCCCCGUCGCUUUCUCAGCCCGCGCACGCACGCGCGCUCCCCCGGCUCAGCUCCCCCGGCGCGCCCCCGCUCUCCCCUUUGUGGCCCCGGGGCGCUCCCGGGGUGGGACUGGCCUGCGUCGAGCCCCGGCCCCUGCGAGCGGCCGCGCCGAGCGGGGGCUCUCGGGACGGCCCGUGCCCGGGGCCAGAAACUGUAAAGGGGAAUGUCUUACUGCCUCAAGUCAGAAAGCCUUUUGGAUACAGGCCCAAUAUAUGUGCGUGAAAAUGGGCACCUGUAUAUGGUAAAUCAGGGUUCUGGCACUGUAAAAAAUGCCACUCCAAAACCAAGGCCUUUUAGACUAUUUUCCAAAGGAUUCUCUGUGGAGCUUUGUAUGAACAGAGAUGAUGACAGUGCAAGGAGAGAGAGAACAGAUCAUUUCAUCUUUACUUAUACUAAGGAGGGGAAUCUCCGGUACUCAGCCAAGUCUCUCUUCGGCCUAGUGUUGGGUUACAUUUCUGACAAUGUUGAUCAUAUUGAUUCGUUGAUUGGCUUUCCAGAGCAGAUUGCUGAAAAGCUUUUUUCUGCUGCAGAAGCAAGGCAAAAGUUCACAGAACCAGUUACAGGACUCAGAGCACUACAAAAAUUUACUGAGGCUUAUGGAAGUCUGGUGCUUUGUUCAUUAUGUUUACAGAAUAGAUAUCUGGUUAUUUCUGAAAAACUUGAAGAAAUUAAGUCUUUCAGGGAGCUGACCUGCUUGGAUCUUUCCUGUUGUAAACUUGGAGAUAACCAUGAAUUGCUAGAACAUAUCACCAAAGAAGCUCUGUCUAGUGUAACUCGGCUCCUCCUGAAGGAUAAUUGUUUGUCAGAUGCAGGCCUUCGCAAAAUGACAGCGCCAGUUCGAGUGAUGAAAAGGGGACUUGAAAAUCUUUCUGUAUUAGAUUUGUCUUGUAACCCUGAAAUCACUGAUACGGGAAUUGGGUACCUUUUUUCUUUCAAGAAGCUGAAUUAUUUGGAUAUUUCUGAAACAGGUCUCAAGGAUGUUAAGGCAGUCAUUCAGAGGCUUCAGACCCAAAUAAGCUUAGUUCAUUCAAAAGUGCCUCUGAAAGAAUUUGAUCAUAGUAACUGCAAAACAGAGGGAUGGGCAGAGCAGGUAUGUUCUUUUUUUAAAAAUUUUUUUACCAAACCAAGUAUGUGUCCUUUUCAGUCACAAAUCAUUUCACAUCACCCAGUGAGGUUCUAUAUCUUUUUAGUAUUUCAUUCUGAGAAAACAGAUGUUAUAAAGAGCUUAGAGAAUGAACAUGUUCUUCAUUCUUACAUGCCCGAGGAAGUAUCCAGAGGUUGCAUUGACUUCUGUGUUUUGGGUUUUUUUGUAGAUGGAAAGCGACGCAGGAUAGAAGAACCAGUCAAGUGCACAUUGGUGCAGACUAAAGCAAAAGCUUCUGAAAACUUGCAGUUCUAUAAGGAUAAAGUACAAAACUGCCAUUUCCCUUUAUUGAAAAAGGAGGCUGCAGCUUGCCACCAAUUAAAGAAAAAUAAAGAGAAACGUUUAACUGAACAAGAGAGAGAACGAACUUCAAAGCAGAAGCACACGUGCCUGACCAUGGAAGAUUGGGACUUGUUGAAUACCUAUUGAUGUAGACAGAUUUCCCUUUUUUUCUGGUGGUAAAGUUGUUAGAAGUAUCAAUAUGAAUUUGUGUAUGGAGAAAGGAGACUGAUAUUUUUUAAAACAGCAGUGGCAUAGCAGCAAAUUAUAGCUACUCGUGUUGGGAGAGGGGAGUGCUAGACCCAAGAGGUGGAGUGAUGAUCAUUCUAAUGUAUAUUUUCUAUACAUAAUUUUUUCAAAUAA